AUGCGAUUGACCAACGUCGGGCGAGCGGCCUUCAAGUCCUCCGCCUCUCUCCAACGUUCGCUCAGCGCCCUGACGACAGAUGGGCCUCGAGUGAGCAACAGCCGUCCCCGGCACCAGGCGGCGGGUUUCCACUCCACAAGCUACGCCCUCUCUACAAGGAUCUCCCCCACCGCGAUCCUCGAUCCUGCGGCCGUGCUCGAUGCGGGAUCCUCCGUGGACAUCUACAAGCCUCCCACCACCGGUCUGCUCGCCUACCUCCCCAAGUCAUGGGUUCCCUACGCCGAGCUCGUCCGUCUGGAUAAGCCCGCCGGCACGCACUACCUAUUCUUCCCAUGCCUCUUCUCAACCCUCAUGGCGGCGCCCAUGGCUGCACCCAUGGCUUCCCCGCCGCGCAUCAACGAUCUCUGGGACAGGAAUCUCGACCCCCAUGUGACGAGGACCAAGUUCCGCCCCAUUGCCCGCGGUGCCAUCACUCCCUUCAAGGGUCUCGUAUACACGGGAUUCCAGCUGCUCGCUGGCCUCGGCAUUCUCCUGCAGUUUCCGACUUCUUCCAUCAUGGGCUUCCCGGCGCUGGGUGUCGACCUUUUGUCCAACUCCUCUGCCCUCACCGCAGCCGGCUGCCUCUACGCGUCCAAUAUCGCAUGGACAGUUCUUUACGAUAUGAUCUACGCACACAUGGAUCGAAAGGACGAUGUCAAGGCUGGAAUCAAGAGUAUGGCGGUAAAGCAUGAUGCUGAGACGAAGCGCGUCCUUUCAGGGCUUGCCGUUGUGCAAGUUGGUCUGCUUGCAGCCGCCGGGGUAGCCUCGGGUGCAGGCCCUCUCUAUUUUAUUGGCACCUGUGGUGGAGCCAUGGUAUCGCUUGGUUACAUGAUUCGCAAGGUCAACCUCAAAAACGUCAAAGACUGCUGGUGGUGGUUCGUCAAUGGAUGUUGGAUUACGGGUGGCACCAUCAGCUUGGGGUUGGGAGCGGAUUAUCUUGUACGAUAUGUGAAACGGGAUGAGGAGGAAGAGCCCGUGCCUAUUUUGGCGUAG